GUGUCCUCCGCGGCGGGGCGGGCCCGUGGCGCUGUCCGGUGCUGAAGCUCUGCCCGGCGCCGCCGCAGGAGCGCGGAGAGGCGCGGCUGGGGCAGCUGGCGCCGCCUCGCUCGUCCCCCUCGGUCCUCGCUCCCGCGGGGCCAUGGACUGAGCGCUGGACCUGUCGCGGGGAUGGGGCCGCUCCCACCUCUCCUGCUCCUGCUGCUGCUGCUCCUGCCGCUCGCCCUGCCCGCCGCCCCCGCCCCCGCGCCCCGCAGCCGGCAGCUCCCGGGGCGCUUGGGCUGCCUGCUGGAGGAUGGCCUUUGCGGUACAUCGGAGGCCUGUGUAAACGACGGCAUGUUUGGAAGGUGCCAGAAGGUUCCGGGUCUGGACAUAUCACGCUAUGAAGUGUCGCCUGUGGCCCUGCAGCACCUGAGGGCCACCUUGCAGGCGCUGUCUCGCACAGGUUUCAUGUGGCAGGAUGACGACACCCAGCGCAUCAUGGCCCAGGAGCUUGCAGGCCUCCUCAGAGCCCACCCCCAGCACAUGGAAACUUCCAGCCCAGCCAGGGUCUCACAGCAGAAUGUGGACACUGAGAGGCAGUACAGCCUGGAGAACGAUGUGGCUCUGGCCAAGACUCUGCAGCGCUACCUGCCCUACUUGGAGGGUCUGUCCCACACCAUGGCCUUGAAUGCACACCAAGGGAUGGUGCACGAGAAGCUGCCAGCCAAGGGUGAGUUGCCCUUCCCUGAGAACAUCUUGAGCUAUGUGGCCCACAAGUCAGCAUUGACCUACCCUCCAGAGACCCGGGCUCAGAACCCCAAGGCCUUCCCACUGAGGACCAUCAGUCAGCUCCAGCCAGACCAGCUCAGCCCAAAGGCAGACAGCAGCGUGGACAGACAGCACCUGAUGGAGGCUCUUGGCACCUACACUGUUCGAAUGCCUCCAGCAUUAGCCCGAGAGGGUGACCCAGGGCCGAGGUACAUUCUGCGCAGCCCCUCAAGAGCGCCGAGGCCCCUCUCUGCACUGGCACCCCCCCAGAAAUGGCUUUCAGCUCCAGGAGACACCCAGCAGCCCCUGAGCACAGGCAAUGGAGUGCUUGUCCCUAGUCUCCUGAAGGAUCUGAGGAGGCAGCAGGCUGAUGUGGAGCACGGGGCCCCCAUCGGGCUGGAGGGGAUGGCAGAUGUGAUCGCUGUUGCCACUGCGAGGCAAGGUAGCAGAGCAUGGGAGGAUGACAGCCCAGGCUCCUCUGAGGUCAAUCACCUGAGUGUCCCACCUGGAGACCUCCUGGAGGACCACGGGUCCCCACUCCUGCCCGGAGAGCAUCCCUUGGAGAAAUCCUUCCCAACAGAGAUCAAGAAAUCCGAGGAGCCUGUGGCUUCCUUGUCUUCAGAGGAAGAGGAUGUGGGGGUGGAGAACGUGAAGAGCCAGACAUACUCCAAAGACUUCCUGGAGAAGGCGAACGCAGAGCCCAGGGCUACUGGGCUUGGAGGGCUCCAGAGCUGGGAUCCAGGGGCACUGCAGGAUGUGCAGAGCCCCCAGGCAGGAGCGCAGGUCCCCCCAGGUGGAGGCCUGCAGCUGGAAGCCAGGCCUUCUGAGGGUGAGGAGCUGGGCUACAUCGUGACAGACACUGACCCCCUGAGCCCAGAGAAGGGGAGGCAGCUGAUGGAAGACGUCGCCCGCCUCCUGCAGGUGCCGCCCAACAUCUUCGAGGACAUUGAUGUCCUGGGGCCGGCAGUGACCUUCAAAGUGGGUGCCAAUGUCCGAAAUGUGACAACUGCAGACGUCGCAAGGGCCACAGCUGACCACAAGAACCAGCUGGCAGACACAUCUGAACUGAAGAUCCUUCAGAGCGGUACUGGGCCGAGCAGCAAACUCAAGCUCCUGCCUCACCGGGGAGAUCAGGAGGACUCCACCAAGUUCAUUGUGCUCACCUUCCUGUCCAUGGCUUGCAUCGUGGGCGUCCUCCUGGCCUCCAGCCUCAUCUACUGCCUCCGCCACAGCUCCCACCACAAGCUGAAGAAGAAGCUAUCGGGCCUGGGGGGUGACCCCAGUGCGGACGCCACUGCUGCCUACCAGGAGCUGUGCCGCCAGCACAUGGCUGUGCGCCUGCCUGAUCGGCCAGAGGGUCCACACGCCUCCCGUAUCAGCAGCGUCUCCUCCCAGUUCAGCGACGGCCCCAUGCCCAGCCCCUCAGCUCGGAGCAGCACCUCCUCCUGGUCCGAGGAGCCUGUGCAGUCCAACAUGGACAUCUCCACUGGCCACAUGAUCCUGGCCUACAUGGAGGACCACCUGCAAAACAAGAACCGGCUGGAGAAGGAGUGGGAGGCCCUGUGUGCCUACCAGGCAGAGCCCAGCAGCUCACUUGCCGCCCAGAGGGAGGAGAACCUGGCCAAGAACCGCUGCCCAGCUGUGCUGACCUAUGACCACUCCCGGAUCCUACUGAAGGCCGAGAACAGCCACGGCAACUCAGACUACAUCAACGCCAGCCCCAUCAUGGACCAUGACCCGAGGAACCCUGCAUACAUCACCACCCAAGGACCCCUGCCCGCCACGGUGGCUGAUUUCUGGCAGAUGGUGUGGGAGAGUGGCUGCGCCGUGAUCGUCAUGCUGACCCCACUCACAGAGAACGGCGUCCGGCAGUGCCACCACUACUGGCCCGAUGAGGGCUCCAACCUUUACCACAUCUACGAGGUCAAUCUGGUCUCAGAACACAUCUGGUGUGAGGACUUCCUGGUGCGGAGCUUCUACCUGAAGAACCUUCAGACCCACGAGACACGCACAGUGACUCAGUUCCACUUCCUGAGCUGGUAUGACCAGGGCGUGCCUUCCUCCACGAGGUCACUUCUGGAUUUCCGCAGAAAAGUAAACAAGUGCUACAGGGGCCGUUCUUGUCCAAUAAUCGUUCACUGCAGCGACGGCGCCGGCAGGAGCGGAACCUACAUCCUGAUCGACAUGGUUCUCAAUAAGAUGGCCAAAGGUGCUAAAGAGAUUGAUAUCGCGGCUACCCUGGAGCACUUGAGGGACCAGAGACCAGGCAUGGUCCAGACAAAGGAGCAGUUUGAGUUUGCACUGACAGCCGUGGCCGAGGAGGUCAAUGCCAUCCUGAGGGCCCUGCCCCAGUAGGCACCACCGCAGCCACCAGGACCACGCCGUGACUCCACCCGUGUGUCUCCCAUCGUGACCAAAUAGUGAUAGGGUCCUUAAGCUGCUGUGGUUGGUGCCCUUCACCCCCGAAAAUGUAUUUAUGUUUCACUGAGUGAGAGGGGCUUGCAGAAACAUCUGACUGGAAGAGGGGAGAAUCAGUUCAUCUGUUUUCACAUUCUUGAGAAGAUUACUUUUCCUAAAGCACACAUUUGCAUUCUUAACCGCAAAUCCUGCCGUGCUGGUGACAUGGUAGUUGGCCCCUUCAGCAUGGUCUCAGAAGCAGCUUGUCAAAGUGGAUGAGUGGGGCAGGGAGGCAGGCACCUGGGAAGCCAGCAGGUGUGGAAAUGACCGUGGCACCAGCCUCGAGGCUGGUCCAUCAUGGGAGAAGUCUCAGGCAGGGACGUUAGCAUCCACAGCUUGGAUAAGAAAGGUAAGAAAGAACCUCCCCAAGGCGUCGCUGCCAGCUCCUCUUGACCUGCUUCCCCAAGCACUGUGCAGGGCCAAGUCAGCCACGCAGGUCCCCCAGGACAGAAAGGAGCUUCCCUGGGUGACACCUCCCUGCCACUCUUUCCGAGGUCAGGACCUCACUUGAGGUUAUAGGUGAGGCCCAUUAUUAAUGUGAGAAUAUCAGGAUCUAUACUCUAGAACAAGAUGCCCUGACAUGCUUUCCUGGGAGGUGAUCCAAUUGGAGCAGGAGUGGGUGAUCAGCAAGCUCCAAGAGUCCUGAGGGCACAGUGGUCCCAGGGGAUGCUUGGAGGUCCAGUCCAGGGAGGAGAGGGGCGGAUGGCCUGACUCCGCUGUCAUCCACACCCCAGCCCCGGGAGAGACUUGGGCCCUCCUGCCUCCCGAUGGUUAGCAAAACGAGUCUGCAUGAUUCAGAGGUGCCAAAAUCACACUGGAGCAUCAGGUUUCCUCCCCCUGCCCCCCCAAGUAGGAAAAGCCCCUUUUGUAGACGACAUCAGGGUGAUGCAGUGGUGUUGCCGAGAGCCACAGACACCUCUCUAAGGCUGAACAUAGAGACCCCGCCCCGCCCAGUGCCCCUCCAUCCCUUCCACCUCCGUGUGCCAUCUGUGGCCAAGCGUGAUGAGAAGGUCCAGGAAGGGAGGGAGGGGGUGGAUGCUCUGGUUUAAGUGGUAUUGUAGACCUGCUUUGAUACCUGUCCUCUCCUGAAAUCAUUUCUCCCUACCUGGAAUUUAAAUAAUAAUUAAUAGAAAUGAAUUUAUCUGAAUAUAGGAAUCAUAUACUUACUUGUAAUUUCUAAAUUCCUAUGUUUUAAUAAAACCCUGUGGUGUGAGAUAUAUAAAUAUAUUUAAUGGUGUCAUAUUAAACUUCUGAUUUCA